AAUAAAAAUAUAAAUUACAACAACCUUCUAUUCUUAUUUCCGAAUAAUAAUCAUCACUUUCUGUUUUCCCCCAAUUUUCCUUUCAUUCCAGGUUAUUAAAGAAAAAUGAAAGUUGGUGAAUUACAGCUAGAAGAAACUUCAUUAUCUUCUUCUUCUAGGGUUUUAGAUAACGAUAAUCCUUCCGAUUCCGAUCCCCUCCUUCCGCAAAAUAAGGGCGAUUUUUCAUCUCCGUUAACGUCCCCAACGCCGGUCGUUGCGACUUUUGGUGAGGUCAAAGAUAAUAUUAAUAGUCAUGAUGAUGAUGAUGAUGAUGAUGUUGAAGAUGGUUGUAUUCCUACGUGUCGAAUUUGCCUCGAAUGCGAUGGAGAGGAAGACGAUGAUCUGAUAUCUCCGUGCAUGUGCAAAGGCACACAACAGUUUGUUCAUCGUUCAUGCCUUGAUCAUUGGCGAUCUGUCAAGGAAGGUCAUGCCUUUUCACAUUGCACAACCUGCAAAGCUCAGUUCCAUCUUCGAGUAAUCGAGUUAGAGGAAAACUCAUGGCGCAAAAUGAAAUUCAGACUAUUUGUUGCCAGGGAUGUUUGCCUUGGUUUCUUGGCCGUACAAACAGUGAUUGGACUGAUGGGAGGCCUGGCAUAUCUUGCUGACAAAGAUGGUUCUUUCAGGGAUUCUUUUAAUGACAGUUGGGACCGUAUAUUGUCAAGGCAUCCGAUACCUUUCUACUAUUGUAUAGGGGUUCUCGUCUUCUUUGUGUUGCUUGGGUUCUUUGGGAUCAUAUUACAUUGCUCUUCCUUCAAUAAUGAUCCAAGGAUGGCUGGCUGCCAAAACUGUUGCUAUGGUUGGGGCGUCUUGGAUUGUUUUCCUGCAUCUAUGGAGGCAUGCUUUGCCUUGGUUAUAGUUUUUGUGGUCAUAUUUGCGAUUCUUGGCAUUGCAUAUGGCUUUCUUGCUGCCACCAUGGCUAUCCAGAGGAUUUGGCAGAGACACUACCACAUUCUCACCAAGAGAGAACUUACGCAGGAGUAUGUAGUGGAGGAUCUUAAUGGGCACUACACCCCUGCAAAACUCGAUCCAGAGCAUAUGGAGCGCCUAAAGAUGCUUAAACUUUUGUAACAGGUUAACUGAUGUGUAGGUCCAAUUCAAGAAAGAAUGUCAGUCUUGUAACAUAUAACCCUGAUGUUUCAUAAGUUGGUCUUCUACAUGGCCCGCGUUAAUGUUUCUUUUUUUUUUUUUUCUGAUUUUGUUGUAUUAAUACCGGUGCAAUUUUGCCAUGUGAUAUAGUUAUUUUCUAUGUGCUUA